UGCUGCCGCCGCUGUUUAUCUUCCUCGGGUUCCUCUGGUUUGGAGAAAGAGACCUCCACGGCUGGGGCUUUCCCUGACUUUGCUUUUCUUCCUGGGCAUCCACCUUGUAUCUCCAGCUGCCUUCACUGCACCCCGCUCCCCACUUUACCUUCCUCAUUCUCUUCUCUCUACCCUUUCUUGCACUCCCCAGAGCCAAACCCGGUGCUGCUUCUGCUUGGAUGCAAUUGAGGAUUGGCUCUCUCACCCGCUCUCCUUCUCCCUCCCCUCCUCCUCCAUCACCCACCCCCGAAUCGUCUUUCCGCUUUAUUUUAAGUAAUUCUGGGAGCAAGUGCCCAACCUCUGUGGUUUGUUCAGCUGUGCAGCAUUUGGUAAAGAAAAAGACAAGAAGAAACUGGAUGAUGACAACAGUAGUCCUAUGGUCCCGCAGUCUGCUUUCUUGGGGCCCACCCUGUGGGACAAAACCCUUCCUUAUGAUGGAGAUACUUUCCAGUUGGAAUAUAUGGACUUGGAAGAAUUCUUGUCAGAAAAUGGCAUCCCCCCCAGCCCCUCUCAGCAUGAUCACAGCCCCCACCCCCCUGGACUGCAGCCAGCAACCUCAGCCGCCCCCUCUGUCAUGGACCUCAGCAACCGGGCCUCCACCUCGGUGCACCCCAGCAUCUCCUCUCCGAACUGCCUGCAGAGCCCCAUCAGACCAGGUCAGAUAUUAUCCACAAACCGCAACACGCCAAGUCCCAUUGACCCUGAGACCAUCCAGGUCCCUGUGGGUUAUGAACCAGACCCAGCUGACUUGGCUCUGUCCAGCAUCCCUGGCCAGGAAAUGUUUGACCCUCGAAAACGCAAGUUCUCAGAGGAGGAGCUCAAACCACAACCCAUGAUUAAGAAAGCUCGCAAAGUCUUCAUCCCUGAAGAUCUGAAGCAGGAUGACAAGUACUGGGCAAGGCGCAGAAAGAACAACAUGGCUGCCAAGCGCUCCCGAGACGCCCGGAGGCUGAAGGAGAAUCAGAUUGCCAUUCGGGCUUCGUUCCUGGAGAAGGAGAACUCGGCCCUUCGCCAGGAGGUGGCUGACUUGCGGAAAGAGCUGGGUAAAUGCAAGAACAUACUCGCCAAGUAUGAGGCCAGACACGGGCCCCUGUAGGCCGCGCUGGGCCGGUGGCGAUCGCCUAGAUGGACAGUGUUUCCUGUUUGAUAACACCACAUCCAGACCAACCUUGCUGUCAUCAGCACUUUACUAGAAGCAUCAACAGAGACUGACUUGCAUUUGUGUGUGUGUAUGUGUGUGUGUGUUGUAUGUGUGGGGGCCUGCGCGCCAGGCUGUGUGCACCGAGGUGGGAGAGCCGGUGCCGGUGCAGUUCCCAUUUUUAUGAAACUCCUCCCUUCCCCCCCUCCUCCCACCUCUGACUUUUCAUUUAGUUCAACAACAACAAAAAAGUGCCACAUUUUUACUUGGACUAUUGAGAUCGAUGGUGGCUAUUCUCCCCCUUUUUUGUCUCCUGCAUCCUGACCCCCUCACCCCAGUCAGCGCUGCUUCCCUUUAGACUUUUAUUCCUCUUUUGAUCCCUUUCCUUGGAUUUAGACAGAAAGAUUCCAGUUUAAAAAAAAAAGUAGAUCUCAGUUUUUAAAAAUACAAGCUAUUGUUUAUGUUUAAUCAAACGUUAACAUACUAAUAAGGUGCACAGGAUAACUUAGUGCUACACAGCAGAAAUAUUAAUUUAGAGAUUGCUUUCCUCAUAUUUUUAAAUUCUGGUGAUAUUUGUCUACAAAUCUCAAGUGUUGUUUAGAUUCAUUAGGGCCCCAUGUUAUCCGUAUCUGCUAAGUUUCCUUUUGAAUCUCCGAGCCCCAACUAUGUAAGAACACCAUUACUAGGGCACACAGAGUGUUUUUUGCACUGUCUGUACCUAAAGCAAUAACCCUGUUGUAUGCUAGAGCAUGCUGCCUGAGUCUUCUUACUAGUGGAUGUAGGAUCAUUCCCUACCUGAGAGUUUCAUUGUCUUAAAAAAAUAAAAGAAAGAAAGAAAAUAAGGAAAGUGACACAUUUUGAGCAUGCCCAGAACAUCCCCAGAUUAGGAGAAGCAGAGGAAGGUGCUGGGUCUACAAGAAAAUGGGCAAUUCAUAGAUAUCAGAGCCAAAUAACAAGUCUCACUCUCAUCAGCUUUUGAUACCAAAAGGAGUUUAAUUUGUCUUUCCCCCCCACCCUCACCCACACACACACACACACACACACACACACACACACACACACAUAUACUUCUUUUGGCACUUUUCUUCCCUUGUUCCAGUUGAAGAUGACAGAUAUCCAGAACAUAGUUCAGUGGUUUCAGAUCUGUUUUUUUUUUUUUCACUUUUGUAAAAUAUAUAUACAUAUAUAUAUUUUUUUGUGAAUUCUCUCUUGCUGUUUCUAAAAAUGAUUUUAAUUGUUAGCAAGUUGGGUGUUUUUUAAGCCCCACCUCUCCUUUUCUUCUCUACCCUGGUGUUGUUUUGAAAUUAUUCAUGAAAUAAUAACAAUUCUGGAAUUUCCUUUGUUGCUUUUUUGCUGUUUGCUUUAGGAUGUAAGUUCUGUUAUAAAGUGGACUUCUGAAAAAAAAAUGAAUGUAAAGACACUGGUGUAUCUCAGAAGGGGAUGAUGUUGUCAUAAACUGUGGUUAAUCCAAUCGAUUUGAAUGUUUACUCUAGACCAAAAGGAGAAAUUAUUAAAAAAAAUUGUUUAAUGUUUAUACAGAGUAAUUAUAGGAAGGUUUUUUUUUGUACAGUAUUUUUCAGAUACAAAUACUGACCAUGUAUUUUGAAAGACAUAUAUUAUAUAUAGCAAAGAGAAAAGGAAAAAAAUUUAUUCCAUGUUUUAAAAUUAUAUAGCAAAGAUAUAUAUAUAUAUAAAUAUAUAUAUAUUCACCAUUAUUGUACAGAGAAGGAAUGCUUUGGAGUUUUUGAAAUCUUUACUAUUUCAAGCCAAUCACUGACUCAUCAGCAUGUUUUCUGCUGCAAAUGAAAAUUUUUGACAAUACUGAGGCUUGCCACAAUACUUCUUGCUUGUAAACACAUAAGGAACUUUCGUAUUUUCUUUUAGGAAUUAAAAAGUAAGUCAGUCAAUAUCACCCAGAAGCACAAAAUGGAUUUUAGUCAAAUAUUUAUUGAAUGAUAACAGUAUUUUUUAGGAAAAGCAUCUGCCACAAAAUUUUAUGUUCACUCUAGAAUGACAUAUUGCUGGGAUGGGUUUCCUGCUGCAAGUAUUUGGAACAGCCCCAUUCUCCCUUGCAGACACAUGUCUCAAAUACGGUAUUGAAAUGUGGGGUGAAUAUCGGUGCUAAGUGUUUGGUCCGUAAUUUGCUAGAUGUUUCUCCUUUAACAAAGAUUGUUCCUUGUUUCACUGGAGUGUAUUAUGUCAACAGAUUGCAAUGUUACUGAAAAAAAAAAAAAGAUGGAACAUUUUGUUCUAGAUUAAAUAUUUCUUUUAUUCAAUGGGAUUUUCUAAUUUCCUGCCUCAUGAGUACCCAGUUCGUCAGUGAUGUCUCACUAUCAGUCCCUUAGGAAUGUCUCUGUAUUAGCAUCUUUGUGAAUGUGGCAAAACUGAUAAAUUGGCCAGGUUUUUGGCCUCCUAAUGGCAUUCACUCUGCCCCCAAACAACAGCUCAUGGAGGACGAUGGGUAAAGGAAUAAAAUAGAAAUUCUUGUCAACUGGCAUCUGAAAAAUUGACUUCCCAAAGGUAAAGUAGAGUGGGAUAGUGUAUCAGUUCAAACUCAAAUGAUUAUGAACUCAGAUUUUUCAGAAGCAGUGGUUAAUUGCAGUGGAAUUGGUAAUUGACAUAUUCUUAAUAAUAUGGGUACAUUCAAAUGGCCGUAAUUAACAGUUGUGAAGUCAGUGACAGAAAUUAUAUCUUGCAAGUGGAAAAGUGUCGGUGAAUUGCAUUUUGGACCAUCCUAACUCAUCAGAGUAUAAAAAGGCAGCUGAGCAAACAUCAUUGAUCUUUCUUGGAAUGGGCUUAUUUGUAAAGAAUUAACAUCACAGAUGUUUUCUAUGGAAAAUGAAAAGAAAAAAAAAAAACAUAACCCACCACAUUCUUUCUAUUGUGUGCCAGGAGAGGUUUUAAGCAGCUACCUCAUCUUUACAGUUAAACACUUCUGAGUCUGCACAGGUGCCUUAUAUCUGUUGCGCUCUCUUUCUUUCUUUCUGUCUUUCUGUUUUUCCUCUCUCCUUUUUCUCUCUGUCUCUCUCUCUCUCCCUUUCCCUCUCCCUCUUUCCCUCCCUUCCUCACUCCUUCUCUCUAUCUCUUUCUCCCUCCCCCUUUCUUUCCCCCUUUCUCCCUAUUCCCUUCUCUCUCCUUCUCUUUCUUCCUACCUCCCCCUCUCUCUUGCUCUUGCUCUCUUUCUUCCUUCUUUCCUCUUUCACUUUCCCUUUUCUUUACCUUCAUUCCCUCAGUCUCUGUCUCCCCCAUCCCUACUUCCACCUCCCAGUUGAGUUAAUCAUGCCAGGAAGGUUAAUCAUUCUGGUCAGUGAAGUGGAAGUAAUCUCAUACUGUGACUUGGUGAUAUUUAGAGCAAUCAGGACAGGACAAAUUCAGUCCAGUUAUCCUUAGAACAAUGUUGAUUGAACAUUGUUCAGUUAUACAAAUCACAUUGUCACUUUCAUCUGUCAUUAUAAGCACCUUACAGGGAUUAAAAAUCCAGGGAGUUGAAAAAUCGCAUCACCCCAAAACACAUCAAGUUAAAACUUGAAAUAGGAGUCUGCAGACUAGAAACUUUGCUGGCAGCUGUCUUUGACAAUUCCUUUUGACUAGCAGAGAAAUCUUGAAAAUUUAUCAACCAGACCAAGUUAGCAGCCCACUCUUCCCGCUAGGGGAUGUUUAUGAACAAUAAUAAAUUCCUUCAACAAGUAAAUACUCUUCAUUCUAUUUCUGUGGCUUUUUUUUUUUUUAGCCCAUGUGAAAAUCACAUUUGACCAGCUACAAGUUAGAAUGACUAUGAAUAGAGUCAGCAGUGCAGAAUAAUAGACAUUCCCUCUAGUAAGAACUUAUAUAAUGGAUCUCUUCAGUCACCCAGGGUUUGGAUGGAUUAAAAUUUAUACUGGUAGAAGAAAUGCCUAUGUCUCAAAGUUUAUAUAGUACUUUAAAUAUUAUUUAUUAGGGGGAAAGCAUGAUUGCUUCUUAGAACAAUACCAUAGGAGGUAGAGUUUUGCCUCCUGUCCAGGGAAAAUCUAGCAUCAUAGAUUUAGGACUUAAGUGAUGACAGGACUGAGUCCAAGCUACGUGGCCAACUCUCCAGGUGGUACUCACUUCCCUCAAUCUUGCCACCUUCCCUCUAUGGUUCUUUGAUUCCUACUUUUCCAUAAGGUCUAAGUCCCUGCUAAAUUCUCCUCUCUGCAUCUGGGAGUGACUUAAAAGUCAACAGAAACAAGCCUUGCUGUAGUCUUGGUAGCUUCUAUUUGACUGGUAAGAUGAGUCCCCUUUUGUUCUUUUAAAUUUCCUCUUUUGUGAUACUUAAGGACACUGGGACCUUUCAUUUGAGACCACCAGACCAAACUCUAUCUAGUGAUCAACCAUUGUAAUUUUGGGGAACACCACAAGAUUGCAUCUGUUAAAUAACUUGUGUUCACCUAGGCAAUCAGCUGAAAUUGUGCAUCAUGAUACAGGAUUGCUUCUUAUAUGUUGUUCAACCCAAACCUUUGUCUGUUAUUCUUAAUGUUUAAUAAACUUUGAACAUUUGUCUUCUCCUUCA